CCAAUUAGUUUUGCGCACGCGCCUUGAAUUUGUGAUCACACAUUCGUUUUGAUCAUUAUUUUGUGGGGAAGACCAUAGAGACAGAAAAGAAAGGCUACAAGAUCAGGUGCUGUUGGGGAGGGAGAAACUGUUCCCGCCCCCCCAGGUGUUUUCUCGGCUGUUCUUGUUGGUCGAAGCAGCCCGUACAUUUGUUUUCCUCAGAGACAUGGCGCUGAGCGACAGCUUCGAGUUUGAGGGGGUUGGUGAAGGGCUGGGCGAGGAAGAGGAGGACGAUGACGAUGACGAAGCAGUAGUAGCAGAAGGUCCCGUAGCUCCUGGCUGCUCCGGGGCGGGCUCCCGCUUCGAAAGGGAAAGCCGCUCAGAGUCCAGUGGAGAGGGGAACGAAGAGAUUGAGGAUGAGGAAGAAGACGAGGGGGAGGAAGCAGCAGCAGCUCUAGAAGGGGGGCCCAGGGACCCCUUCGGAGGCUUUGGGACAGAGGAAGGCGAGAUGGAUUCAGACGAUGAAAAGGAGCGCAUGAUUAAACUCUCUGAGUUAACACCGUAUAUAAUGUGUUCCAUCUGCAAGGGAUACUUCAUAGAUGCUACAACCAUCACAGAGUGCCUUCAUACAUUCUGUAAAAGCUGCAUAGUCAGACAUUUUUACUACAGUAACAGAUGUCCAAAAUGCAACAUUGUAGUACAUCAGACACAACCCCUUUAUAAUAUCAGGCUGGAUCGACAGUUGCAAGACAUAGUGUAUAAAUUAGUAGUCAGCUUGGAGAAAAGAGAGAAAAAACAAAUGCAUGAUUUCUACAGAGAGAGAGGUUUAGAAAUACCUAAACCUGCUGUACCACAGCCAAUUGCUAUAGGCAGGGGGAGGCCCCGCAAAGUUGUGGGCUCAGUUUUCCGUAUCCCUCCAGAACUUGACAUGUCACUACUCCUGGAGUUCAUUGGAGCUAAUGAUCUCUCUGGGAAUUUUAAGCCGCUGGAAAAGAAGUUUGUACGGGUUUCAGGAGAGGCAACAAUUGGACAUGUGGAGAAAUUCCUACGAAGAAAGAUGGAUCUUGAUCCUGGCUGCCAGGUAGACAUAAUAUGUGGUGAUCACCUUUUGGAACACUACCAGACUCUGAGGGAAAUCCAACGAGCUCUAGGAGAGAGUGCAGUGCAAGAUGGCUUACUUGUGCUUCACUAUGGCCUGAUUCUUAGCAGAGAUUCCACACUUUCACGGAUUUGUUGAAUACUGUUAUGUGGAAGGGCUCCAAAGAAAAAAAAUGAUCCUCAAUCUUGAAAGUGCGCAAGAGAAAGCCAUUAUCAGAAGGAAUUAACAUUAAUACACCACUGUUUGCUCUGCAUAGUAAGUUAGGAUCUGACUUUAACCAGUGUGAAAAAGAAAUGCAGUGCCAGUAAAUAAUGCAGUACUCUUACGUCAACACCUGGCUAGCUCAGGGAAGAGCAACAUGAUGACUGGAUUCACCUUAAAUGCUGUUUGUGUAUUGCAGCGCUCACAGCUGACUCCCAGGACUUGAGCUUAAGACAAGUAUUUAUCUGAAAGACAGUUGCAAUGGUGUUCUCAGAGAUAACAGUAUGCGGUGUUUUAUUGGAAAAGCUGUGUUCUUCUUGAGGACAUUUGAUUGUAUACUAAUUGACUUGGUAUAGAAAUAAAAAGGGGAAAUCUU